UCUUCCUCUCCUUCUUGUUCCUUUUCUCCCAGGCUUGACCCCAGCAUGAGACAACUUCUUUGGGUGAUUAUUCUUGGAGCAAGUGUUCCCAUCAUCCCCUGCCACUCUCCCCACACUGGUACCUUGCACUCCUGCCUGUCCCUUCCAGCCCUUUCUGUUGGCAAUGGGAGCCUCCUGCAUUUCAAGGCCAUGAUUGAGACGAUCACGCAGGAGAACGCCCUCAUCUUCUUCAACGGCUACGGCUGCUACUGCGGGAAGAGCGGACGAGGGAAGCCCCGGGACGAGACCGACCAGUGCUGCUAUCACCACGGCUGCUGCUACGAGGACCUGCACGAGCAGGGCUGCCAUCCGCACAUCGAUCACUACAGCUACGCCAUCAUCCACAGGGACGUGUUCUGCAAGUACAGAAACAAGUCCACCUGUGGCAUGUGGGCCUGUGAGUGCGACCGGAAGGCGUCGCUGUGCUUCAGGAAGCAAGCCCAGACGUACAACAAAAAGCUCCGCCAUUACCCCAUUCUCUUGUGCAAGGAGAGCACCCCCAAAUGUUCACAGGAUGAGAAGCCGCAGGACAGAUUGCCAAAGGCACAAACCAGAAAGCCUUUAAGUCAAGGAACGCACGGCGGGUCCCCAGCCCAACAGAAGCCUCGGACGACCCCUCCGCAGAAAGGACGUGUUGCAUGAAUUUAAAACGUGGCUACAUUUUCGCUCUGGAAUGUUCGAACAGUUUGCAUGUUAAAGCUGUUCCAAAUUCAUGAAGUUGAUGUCCUUUUCGAAAGGAUACUUUUGCUCAAAAGAAAAGGAUGCAAUGACA